AUUCGGUGUCGUAGCAAAUUCUCAACACUGUAACUUAUUUUGUUUACCUAUUUACCAGUGUUGUAACCCUUUAGCCAGUGUCUAUAUAUUAAGUAUUAUAAUGUGGAGUCUCAGGCGUGGAUUUGCCACAGCGGCCGUUGGAGGCCUUCGGCUACCAAAAUUGUUAAAUUCUCCACCUUUAAUCACAGUCGGCUGGCAAUUGCCCUUUGAAUCCAGUUGUGCCAAGAACUUGACAGAAAUCAAUACACGUCCCAACUGCUGGAAAUUGAUCGAUCCAGAGAUGUCCGAGCUCAUUAGACUUUAUAAUUCCAGAUGCAGAAGACGGAAGGAAAGCAAUACCUCCGUCGACAAGAAAAUCAAGUCGGACAAUAGAAACUAUUCAAAUAAAUGUAAGCUAAACUUCACCGAAGAUUUUAGAUGCCCUGCAUCUAAAAAAUCAUCUUCAACCAAUGGAAAAAAUUUGAACAAGUUUAUGACAGACAUCAACAAGGAAAUGGGUUUCUCUGGAUCCAAGAAAUUAUCAUUCCCCGAAUUACCUCUUACAAGAUACAAAAAGAAAAACUUUCCUUUUGAGAAGGAUUAUCAAAUCUCUUCCCACAAAUCCAGCAGAAACAAGGACAUCUUCGAGAUUUCAAAAAAGAAUUUAAUAACAUCCAAGUCAAGUCGCAAUAAGAAGUCCUUACAGGACCAAACGACAUUUAAAUCCACUGGUAAAACGCCAAGGCAAUCAUGGAAGUAUAGUAGUCCAAGAAACUCUAAAGAUCGGAGAGUGACAUUCAUACAAGAUACAAGAUCAUAUAAAUCAAAACAUAAUACCAAUCGCAAAGCUAAGGAGUUAACACCACUAAAAGGCAAAGUGGUGAAACCCGAAAUGAUAAUGACACCAGAAAUGCCAAAAGACGAGGGAAAUUUGCUUAGCAGCUUUCCGUCCAUUGAUCAAUACAUCUCUCAGCUUCCACCGACAUCCAUCAAUGCCCACCAGGCCUUCAAUAAUUAUUAUUUCGAGCCCAUUGAUUUGGUUAAGUACAAGUCGGAUUUUCUCGCUUCACAUUCCCAGAACCCGAUUGCUAUCAGAAGCUCUUGGCCCAAAAUGUGGCCAAAACCUUUGAAGCAUAGGCAUAGGAAAGUAAAGCCAGAAGAUCCUUUGCUCAAGAAGCCUUCCCUGAUCAAGAAACGGUGCACAAGAAAACUCAGCGAUUCUUCCUUCAGCCGAACACAGACUUUUCCUAUACCCUGUAAAUAUCACUCUUUUAAUGUGAAAAACUUUCAAAUCUGUGGCAGCAUCUCUGCAAAACCAAGAGCGGUGUCCUGUCAAACGGAAGAUCUUCCGAUUGACUGUGACCUGUACAAUCUGUGUAAGUCCUUUAGCCAACAGGAUGAACCUCUGCCAGUGAAGAUAAAGCAGCAGGAUCGCGAAGCUCUUCGCCGCUAUUACCCACAGAUAUGCCAGCGGAAAAGUAACUCGGUUUCCGUUUCCGCUUUCGAAAUAAAGGGGAAACCCGUAAAAACGAAAGAAUGUAUCAAUUGGGCCAAGAUGCGCCGCCAAUUGGAGCAAUGCCAGGCUGUUUUAAAUCUUUGCGGUCAACUAGUUGAAGCUCAACUCCGACUUCGCAGGAUAAGAGCACAAAAUGCAUGCUGCAGAUGUGUUUCCAAUCCCGAAACUGGGCUGAGCUUCCUUAAAAAUAGGUCCCUAGUUUCCCAUGAAACAAUUUUGUUUGACUGAUCUUUCUUUGGUUUUUUACAUUUAUU